CCCCUGCCGCAUGAUUGGAGAUACUCGCAAUCAUCAUGGCCACCUCCCAUACGCCCGAGCCUGCGACCGAGCGCAUCACACGAUCCUCAGCUGCUGCAAUCGGGGGAGCAACGACAACCACCACCACCACCACCACAACAGCGCGAAACCCUCGGCGAAGAGCACGACAGAGUGAUAACGACACUCUGCAGAAAGCUGCGCCGCGUCGGAAGCGCAGUAAGAUCAGCACCGAAACGUACGCGCCCAGAGACUCGACUGAAGGGCGACCUCCUCCUGCACCUGUCACCACGAACGACAAUCAUGAAAACGGCCGCGCUAACAGCGCUUUCCAUAAUGGUAAUGGUGAUGAGCAUGGGGGGCUCAACGGUCACCACACUUUCGUCGGUGUUGAAACCGCGACUGCUGCCGUGAAGGUGAACGGGAACGGUCAUCAUCAUCCACCUCAUCAACACCGCCGGGCAGGGAGCACAGCUUCGAUGCUCGAAGGAGAUAUUCCGGUGCGCGGUGGUAAGAAAGGUACUGUCAAGAGGGUGCACCGAGCAGAUGGCGCCACUACACUAUGUUCGAAUCAGUGCUAUAGCGCCAAAUUGCUCCCUAGUACACCGAAAGAGCUGAAGAAAGAAGGCUUGCAAUAUCGAGGCAGCAUCUUAGACGGACACGCACUAGCUGUUACUGAGAAGAAAGCUCUCGUGUGGGAGUACAAUGCGCAUGUUGCUGCGAGUAAUGCGCGCGUAUUCGACAUGCCCUUCCCAACGCGCGUUGGAGAACUACCGCUUGGAGCUUUGGUGCCGAGUAACACCAUCGGACAUCAUGAUUUGGGCCUUGUCCUCAUUUCUACCACUACCGGGAGAGUGGCCUUCUACGAGUCUAUCGAUCGUGCGAGCUCGUUGGGUCUAUUCCGGGGAAAGCGGUCAGGCGUGGAGGGCACGAUACCUCUCAACAGUAAUGAGAUGGUGACGGACAUCGUACCUGCCGCGUAUGCUACAUUUGUGGUAAAUCUUAGUUCCGGAAGGGUUCUGGCGCUCAGCUUAAAGGACAACGCAGGGUCGCCCAAGGUAACUUGUGAGUUUCUGAGAAUCUUGGAGCCAGCGUCUGGAGGUGCAUUCGGCAGCUUCAGUAGCUUCUUCAAAGCAGACUACCGCCGAGACUUGACGGCAGUGCGCACAAGGGCUGCGAAACGUGGACUUGUGCAGGUUGUUGGAUUGACAGAAAAGGCGGAAUUGUUACUAUGGGACCUGGAGUGGUCUGGACGAUCGGACUACAUUUCCAAUUUGGAAUUGAGAGACUCGCUCGUGAGGGAACUCAGAGACACGAUAGCGCCGGAGCUGGCAGGACAAGCGGAAUAUGCAGUCGCGCUGGACUUUGCCAUUUCGGAUAAGCAGGCGGACUCCAGCAGUGACGCUCUAGUGUCGGCAUCGGCGGAGCAGCCGCUGGAUAUUUUCAUUCUGCUGAGACUGGGCGCCUCGGACAUGCAGUCGUAUGUGGUGGCAGAGGUAUCACUUCCCGGAGAUGGCAGCCACUGCAUUGAGCGUAUCCACCAACUCCGCUACAAAAGUGAUGGACCUGUCUCGACUCAGCAGAAGCCCCGUCUGAUCCUGCCAAAGCCGGGCCAUACAUUCUACGUCGCGUUCGAGGACGCCGCAAUACUUGCUGCCACAACCGAUUUGCUUGACGACAGCCCCGAGGCUCAAUUACAUGCAUCAUACGUACAGCAGGAUCCGUUCGAGGAUGCCAUACGGUUGAAGCCUGGCAAGAGUCUCGCCUUUCUCAGCGUCAGUGAGGAAGCACCACGCGCGAGUAAUGCUUCGAUCGUAGCAUUCGUCAAAGGCGCCGGCCUCGUCCGCAUUUCUGCGUUGGAUACUCAGACGGCGCCUGGCGGACCACGAAUACCCGCGAGAAGCAGGAUUGAGCAAGCUGUGUUCCAUGGCUCUCUACAGCAGGAUAAUAUUGUAGAUUUCUCGAUGCAACGGGGAUCCGAAUAUACUAUCGAGGAGGUCGAGCAGGCGGCCCUGGACAUCUCGGGUGAGAUUCUUCGCUCAGAAACAAGCUUCCCAAACAUCAUUUCCCCUACACCGGCCUCGAUGGAAACAGGACUUGCGACCAAAGCUAGGGCACUCAAGGCACUCGUCACAUUCGUCAUCAGAACAUACCCAGCACUCCCCACGAAGACCAUGUGGCGGCUUCUCUGGGACGCCGAGAAGUUGGCAGCUGGGCAGCAGCUUUGGCUUGCUUUCGAAGAACACGUUGCUCUCACGAGUAAGGGCGAGAAGAGGAAGGCAACAGUCAUGGACGAGCUAACAUCGUGGUUCGAGGAAGGUUUUGCCUUCUACCAGAGGCCUGAUCUAGCCAGCGAAGACACCGUGCGACGCUUCUUCUCGGGCGGCUUACAUCACAUGGAAAAGCUUCUCACCAAUCUCCGAGUGUUGCUGCAAGACUUUUACGAGCAAGAAGACUGCUCCCCUUCGGAAGGUCUCAAGCGCGUCAUCCAGGCGGACGAUAUCUGGCUUAGAGCACUUGAAACCGCGUUCAAUUUCCGAUCUGAACACUGCGCAGACUACGGCAUAUUGCCUGAGCACAUCGACGAUGGUGUCUUGGUCGACACAUCUGAGUACACUGAGAUCUCGGAGUUCUGGACAUCGACACCGAAGCUCGUGGACAACACCCUGCGGGUCGCAAGCUUGUCACGAGCCAUAGCGAAGAAGCAUUUCGAAGUCGAGGAAGUGGACCAGGAGGUACACAACAUGGUGAAAGAAGUUGCUGACAACAACGCACGACUGGUGCAAAUAUAUUGUUUGCAAUCUCAAGAGAGCAUCAAUUGGUAUGCUUCACGCGACGACAGGAGACUGCAAGAGCUCUCGAAAAAGAUGAAAGAAGAGUACGAUCGCGAGCGCUACAAGCAGUUCCGUGUGCUGGCAGAUGUAGGCAGAGCCGAUGCUGGUAUGCUCCUCGCUGAGAAGUACAGAGAUAUGCAUACCCUGGCCGUUAUGAUCAUCGCAGAGGAUCAAUAUCUGCAAGACUAUACUCAAGAGCACAAUGCACUCGAGGAACAAGUUGUGCAAUUUGCAACAGAUUUACGUCAGAAGAUCCAGCGGUAUUUCACCAAGUACCAGAAAGACUGGUCGGAUGCCUUCUUUGACAAGCUUUUUGAUAACGGCGCUCCAGGCGUGAAGCUGCUUCGAGCCCAGCAGGAGUGGCAACAGCCUCUAACUGAAUACCUGCGAGGGCAUUCAGACAGAGCCAAGUUAUGCUGGAUCAACGAUAUCACGGCAGAAUCAGAUUACGCCCAUGCCAGUGAAGCUCUUGUGCAGUGUGCCCAAGGACAAGAGAAGAAACUCUGGAGUAAGAGAGUUGAGUUAUCUCUCUCUAAGCUUGCAUUGCUUGCUGCAGAGGAAGCAGGUCCUUUGGACCAGCGUGCGAAGCUGAAGAUCAACGGCACCGUUAAUCCAUUGCGAUCUGCGAGUGACGAACUCGCAAUUGUACAGGUGCAGGAACGACUUUACAAGCACCUCAAGCCAGAGAUUGAGCGGUCUCUCGACUUUGAAGCCGAAGUCGUGAAUUGUAUGAAUAGGUACGGCAACCACGUGGAAGAGGACCUAGCAUUGGCACAAAUACUGGAGCAUGGCAUCGCGAACGUGGUACAACACGGUAUCCUUGACGUCGAGGAGCUGAUUGACACUCUCACUCUCAUGACUAUUGUCAUAGAUCCUACGCACGAUGAGAACCUCCAAGGCUCGGAAACGCUACUUGCCUUGACUGCGCUUGAUGCUGCAGCUUCCACACUCCCGCCCUCGCGCUUCGAGACACUGCUUGCUCUCAUCUGGAAGCGCGCAUAUAUUUACGACGACUGGACUGCACCAGAACUUCAAGUCACCAAGAAGAAAUCGGACGAAGAACGCAAGAGUGCCAUUCAGUCCUCUUUCCUGUGGCAAACUCUUCAUCGCGUCCUUGAUUCCGGCAUCACGACGAAAACGGAUGCGCAAAUCCGGAUAUUGACUCCUUCAGAAUGUAUUGGUGCUGCUUGUCGAGCCGAGGAUAUUAGUUACCGAUUCCCUGAACCGGAGCUUUUGGAUUCUAUUGUACACGAUUUGCAGAACCAGGAUGAAAUCUUGGCUAGUUAUGUUAGUGAUCGGGAACUGGACCAGAUCGCUGCCGAGGCUGUGCGGGACGUUCAAGGAUUCUUGAUGGCGAAGGCUGAUGAUGAAGCCGAGAUGAGGAUGCAGGAGAGACAGUUGCAGGAGACGUUCGUAGAAGGAGGAGGAGAGCAGCUGAAGAAGAUGAACGGGCAUCCAGUGGAGCCGAAUGGUGUGCCGAGACACGAAGCAGCAAAAGAAGAAGAAAUGGACGAGGACGGUGAUGUCGAGAUGGAAUGAUGUGAGAACGCACCCGCGGUUAACAGCGGGACGAGUCAGCUACCUAGCUAGGUAAGGUAGGUCUGUAUGCUACCGACGACGGGUGUGUGUUGUUGGGUUCGCUCUCUGCGUCUUCUCUUGAUCUCGGGUUGUUGUGUGGGGUCGGAAGAAAAGGUCUAUCAAUCACAGUUGUAUGAAAGAGAGAUGAUGUUACAGCCUUCUCUCUCUUUUUUUUUCCUUCGUUUUUUUUUUCUUUCUUUCUCUCCAAGGAAGGUAGG